GACUUUAGAUUUGUAAACAUGUGAACUCAAGUAUUAUUAUUAAGUUUAAACUAUUUAACAUUAUUCCAAUACAUACAUAACAGUAUAAUAUGGCGAAGUCAAAAAUCGUUAUAACAUCGGCGAUCGCUGUAGGUUUUGUUGGUGUAACAUACGUGAUUUUGAAAUAUAAGAUUAGAUCUCGAAAAGCUGAAGAUAUCCUUAAAAAUCUUGAUAUUAAUAUCGUAACAACAAAAGCUCAAUGCGACGAAGUUGUAAAUGAAAUACGGAGGAGGAGUACUUUACAUCAGGCUAUAGGUUUCGAUUGUGAGUGGGUGACUGAAAAUGGAAAUAGACAACCCAUAGCGCUUCUACAGCUGUCCACAUUCGAUGGAUUCUGUGGGCUUUUUAGAUUGAAUCUUUUAAAAGAAGUUCCUAUGUCACUGAAAGAACUUUUAGAGGAUAAAAAUAUUUACAAAGUAGGCGUAGCGCCCGUUGAUGAUGCAAAGUAUUUGAUUCAGGACUAUUCAAUUUAUGUGAAGUCUACUUUGGAUGUGAGGCACAUAGUUGAACUAACCGGCCACGCUGCUGGCGGGUUGGCAGCACUGGCUAACACAUAUUUAGGUAUUGUGCUAGAUAAGAAUUGGAGGAUCCGUUGCAGCGACUGGGCAGCAGAAGAGUUGACGGAACGGCAAAUACAUUACGCAGCGACCGACGCUUAUGUAGCAAUAAAAAUCUUUGUUGACAUUAUAAAUACAUAUAACAGAGACUUUUGGUUUUUCCGGUGGAGUAGAAACAGUGACAGACACUGGGGAAAAAUACAUGGUCUAUGUUCACGAUAUGCCGAUGUUGGUUACAAAGUGAAAAACAUUAAAGGAUCUCAUAAGGAGAAUAAGAAAAGUAAAGAGAAGACUAUAACCAAGAAGUAUUCUCACAGCCCUCGUUCGAGGCCGUUGUAUCACAAUUGUUUCAUGGAAGCUCCUGAUGGGGAAGUGCUAUGUACAUGUGAUACGAAAAAAGCAAAAUGGUAUUUGGACAAUAAACUAGCAACCCUAAUAAAAGACGAUCCCCUUACAAUUCGUCUUGCAUUCGAACCGGCCGGUCGGUCUGUGGGGGAAGUCGGUCGCUACUACACGCUCGUGAAGGAGAACAAGUGCGUUGUCUGUGGGGCCAUGGACUCUUAUAUACGAAAAAAUGUUGUACCCAGAGAAUAUAGGAAAUAUUUCCCAGAUGUAAUGAAGGAGCACUCGUGUCACGACGUAGUGUUACUGUGUAGAGCGUGUCACCAGCGCAGUAACAUGCUGGACCGCGGAGUGCGAACUAGUCUUGCGAUACAAUGUGACGCGCCGAUCGCUGAAUUGGGCGUUCGGUUCAUUGAGGAUCCCGCAGCUAAGAAGCUGCGUUCAGCGGCGCGUGCUUUACUCUACGAGGGUAAAAAGAAUAAGCUGCCAGAACAACGCGUGAAGGAACUCGAGAAAAUUGUCUUAGCACACUAUCCCCAAGAGGACGCUGUGACGGAUGAUAUAUUACAAGAAGCUGCCAAUAUUGACUACAAACACGAGAAAACGGAUUACGAGUCUCACGGUUCAAAAGUGGUUAAUUACUACAUAGAAAAUGAGAGUUUACUGCGGCUGGAAGAAAUCUGGAGAGAACACUUCUUGAAGUCCAUGUCUCCGAUGUACAUGCCAGAGCUGUGGUCCGUUAAGCAUAAUGAGGAGAGGUUGCGAGUCCGUUUCAACGAAGGCCGAAUGACUGAUAAGGAAGUUAUGCUCACUGGAUUAUAGUAUGUCAAUUUUUGCGAAUAGUGAAGUUGUAGCUGAGUGCCCUUAAAAAAUAUAUAUAUUUUUAUACUUUUUUGAAAUAAAGUUAUAUUUACAGCAGUUCAUAAUAA